AUGCAUGUGGGAUACCUUUUGGAUAAAGAAGGCAGCAUGUAUCACCAAGGACCUGUAAGACGAUCGGGCAUCAACAUCCCACCACAGAACUUUGUUUCCACGCCACAAUAUUCCGACUUUACUGGAUACCAUCAUGUGCCAAACAUGGAUACGCACGCACAGUCUUCGGGGGCUUGGGGAGCUCCUUAUGGCGCACCGAGAGAGGACUGGGGCGCCUAUAGUCUGGGGCCUCCUAACACUAUUCCUACGCCCAUGAACAACUCCUCGCCAGGACAAGUUUCCUAUUGCUCACCUGAAUAUAAUCCCAUGCACGCGCCAGGGUCAGCAGUAUUGCAAUCACCUCCAGAUAAUAUUUCUGUUGCUCAACUUUCCCCGGAUAGAGAAAGGCGCAAUUCUUCUUACCAGUGGAUGAGCAAAACGGUACAAUCAUCUUCCACGGGUGAGUAAGGUCACAAGCUUGAGCCAAUAAAUGCAUGACACUGUUAAAAUCAUUCGUGCAAGAGCACAGCAUCAACUCAUGCCAAACUACAUCUUCAUAUUUUGCUAAGAAGAGACGAAAUUGUUGUGUUUUUCUCUUGUGCUGUGAAAUAUGCUGGUGUUGGCUCAUAAAAGUUGUGCAAGUGCAACAGGUAGUAUUUAGAGAAUUGAUACAGUAUAAAAAAUAAUUGCAUAAUUUAAGUGAUAAAGCUCACCGUAAAAACGAAUAACCUCAUGCAUAAUGCGUAAUGAGUGCAUUUUGGUCGAAUUUAGGAGAGAUUCGUAAGGAAUAAAAGGAAGCACUAACAUUACAUUAUCUAAUCAUGUUUUAAAUUAGAUGUCACCAAAAGUACGCAGUUGCAUGUAAAAUGUUUGUAUUAGGCACAUUUUGAAAACUGUAAAUUGCAACUUCAAAACAGAAGCGAAAGGAGGAAAAUGAUAGGCUCUAGAUCGAAUUUGUCGAAUUCAUUAUUGACAAUGCAACUGUAGGCCUACAAUUGCGAUACUAGUCUGAUAAACUAUUAUAUUAAUUAAAACGUUAACAUCUUAGUUAUUUUCUGAUACAGGCCUAUAGCCUUAUGGAGGAAACGAUGAAGGUGUCAAGAUCAGAAACGGCGCCAGGCGCACUUGUAAUGCUAAUUUCUCAACUCCCGUAAACUAGAUGUGAGGUCUACUUUUCCUGCUACAUUGUCUCAGGUUUUGAGGUUAUCCGUCAUAUUCAGUCUGCGGCCUCGUUUAACACCUCAUUUUACUUUGAUAUGCACCAAAGUGUCUUCAUCGGCUCCCAUUCUUCGCGUUCUAUUGCCGGAAAGGGUGACGUUUUUCACAGCAAAUAAAGAAAGGUCUUUGACGAAUAUAAACAAAGCUUUAUAACUUGGCAAUAAACCACAACAUCUCUUAAUUCUCUAGACAUUAAAUAUGUAGAAAAUAUAACUCUUUACUUUAGGCCUAUAUUUCUCAAUUAGACUGUUAUAGUAACAUAAACCUAAAUUAACUCGUAGAUGUCGUUUGAUAGCUUAUUAACUUGGCUAUAAAACGAACCACUGUAAUAUCCAGAAAAUAUUUUAGCCUAGAUGUAUUGUUUUGUAUUUUUAUUAUUAGGCUAGCUUAUCAAACGUGUUGUCAAGUAUUUAAUUAUAGGAGGCUAUCCCUGGCCUUGUCAAACGUAUCAAGCAUGACCUAUAUAUAUAACUAUGAAUAUCAACAUGUUUCAAUGUUGUUCAAAACGACUAAUAUUAUUGUCUACCUGAUAAAAGUUUAUGUAUUUAUAGUAUAUUGAUCAACAAAAGCAACCUGAUCCAUGCUAGAUAAAUGUCUGAGAUAGUAUUGCCUUGUCACUCCUUUGAGUGUCCUGUGUUGCUUCUUAACACAUCAAUGGAGUUUAGGUAAUAUCUCUGAGACUCUUUGUUCUGCAGUUUGUUCAAAAAGUGAGAUCAAAAGAUCAGUUGCGCAAUUUGCAUAUCUACCAACAAAGCAACACAAUCUAGAUUAACAUGAUAGCCACCACUUCAGUUGAUAGAGCCUAAAGAUGUUUCAUACAAAUUUUGAGAUGUAUUAGAUAAACGAAGCAUAAAGUUUAAUAGGCAUUUUGAUAAUUAACCUGUUGAUUAUCUUAUUUCUCUAGUAUUAAGCCCACUUGCUAUAAAUACUCAAAAUUACUGCUUUAAAGGUGAAUUUAAAACAAGAAUGAACUUCGGAGUUUAAAUAGCCUAUUGCCCCUGUAUUUAUCAAUAAUUUGAAAACCAUUAAAAUUGCAUUAUUACUUUGCAUCAUAUUCUAUGUUCAUUGUGACUAACCUAUUUAAAAAUUAGGCCUAUGAAGCAUAUUGAAUUCUCAUAACUUCUCAUAAUUUCAGGCAAAACAAGAACGAAGGAGAAAUACAGAGUGGUUUACACCGAUCACCAGAGACUGGAACUGGAGAAGGAGUUCCAUUUUAAUCGUUACAUCACUAUCAGAAGAAAGUCAGAACUUGCAGGGAACCUUGGCCUUUCAGAACGACAGGUAGGUCUAUACCGAUGAAUGAUAGAGCAUUAGGGCCCUAGACUUGACAAAUUAAAUGAUGAAUCAAAUAUAAAACGAAAUACAAAUUUUGACACAUUUUUCUUUUACAUUUACAGGUGAAGAUUUGGUUUCAAAAUCGCAGAGCCAAGGAAAGGAAAUUAAUCAAAAAGAAAAUGGGAUCUGAUGGCAGCGGAGGAUCAGUGCACAGUGACCCCGGUUCAGUCAGUCCUCAGCCGGUACCAGGCUCACUCAGUCCGUCGGAUAUUCACGGCUCUCUCUACCCACCCCCCGGAAUGAACACCAUGCCAUCUAUUAGGAACAUACAGCAAGUUACUGUCACUCAGUAG